UAUUUAUUUUUGUAUUCUGAAAAACAAUUUUCUGCCUUGCGAUUCACAUUUGUAUUUCACCAUGAAACCUGCAAGGAAACAGGUAGACGACUCCAUUCUUAAAGUAGGGCCGAACAGAGUUAAUUCUGAUCAGCAAGGAACUUUUUAUAAUAUUUGGUAUAAUAAAUGGUCUGGAGGAGAAAGAUCGUCUAAGUUUACAAGGGAAAAAGCAAAAACUCGUUGUAACGUAAAGCUUGAUGCUGGAGAAACAAAAGGUGAUAAAAUAUCUAAUACGUAUUUUUGCCUUUAUUUUGCAAGAGGAUGUUGUCCAUUUGGGUACGAAUGUAAUUAUUGGCAUAGAAUACCAACAGAUUCAGAUCCGGUUGAUACGACUAUUGAUUCUUUCGGACGAGAUAAAUUUGAUGAAUAUCGUGAAGAUAUGGGUGGCAUCGGCUCUUUUAAUAGAGAAAAUAGGACACUUUAUGUUGGGCAUGUGACAAUUUGUCCUGAUAUGGAGGAUAUUGUACGUAAACACUUUGGGGAAUGGGGAGAAAUUGAAAAAAUAAAAAUACUAAAAGACAAAGGAGUUGCAUUCGUGUCAUAUACUAAUUCUCUUAAUGCUGAAUUUGCAAAAGAAGCCAUGAGUAAUCAGAGUUUAGACAAUAAUGAAGUGCUUAAUGUAAGAUGGGCCACAGAUGAUCCUAAUCCUAAAGCUAAAGCAGAAUUUAAGAGAAAGGCAGAAGCUAUGGCAGCACAAGCAAUAAUAAAAAGUCUCCCCGCCGAGUUUACAUUAUCAAAUAAUGAUUAUAUCAAUAAACGUCCUCGAUUAAACGAUGAUAAUAAUCAAAAUCCCUUAGUUUUAGAGGGAGGUCAAAAUUCGGAUGAUCUAGAGGCUUCUGUAUAUUAUGAAGAUCAACAAUAUGCCGGUCAUCAGCCUAAUAUGGAAACAAUAAAAACGAACUCAAGCUCGAAUUCAUCUUUAAAAAACAAAUCAAUUGUAUCUGAUGAAACUUUAGAAAAUUUAAAGAUUCUCUCACAGGGAUUUAGCUCGGCAAAUUAUAAUAAAAUCAAAGAAACUACAACCGAAGCAUUAACAGGAUUGGCCGAAUAUGAAAGUGAUGACGAUAAUGAUGAUCAUGAAAGUGAAGAAGAGCAUGGAUAACGGGAUAUAAUGAAAAGGUAAGUGCAUGCGUAAAUGAUGAUUCUAAUGGAUACGGUAUGGUACAGAUUACUAGUUAGGUUAGAUGGUAAUAAAUAAUUUCGGACAUUUAUUUUUAUCACCAUGUUGGUUCCUUAGUGAAAUUAUAAUUUUAGCCAAAGCUAAACUAUUUCAAGGUGAUUUAUUAAAAAAAAUAAAUUAUUUGUGGUAAUCU